AUGGUUCAAGGUUUGAACCUCAUGCAUAAUUCAUCUCCCGAACGGGUGGUCAAACUCAUUUGGCUUUCUUUAGCAGGAACCCUCAUACCAUCUGAACACGAGUCACAAGAAGAUCAAUCUCACGUCUCUUAUUCACCAAGGGACUCGGGUCUUGAGGAAACUGCUGGUGUGACGCCAGCAUCUUCACAAAAGCAGAAGACAGCUAUGGGAGGGAUUAUGAUGCGUAGAGAGUUUCCAAAAGAGCAAGAUUUGUUUGACGAGCUUCACAUCAGACUUACCACAGUUGGCAAAGAUCAUGUCGUCGUGUUCCUUUCAUUUGAGUGGUGA